CUUUGACCCUGGCACCUCUGGAGAGAAGAGAAGGAGGGCCUGGCUCCUGGAGGCCCCAUGCCCAGGAGCCUUCCUCCUGACCCCAGCUCUGCAGCUCACCUGUGCCCAGGGGGAGCCUGUCACACAGACCACACACGCCCUCCACCAGGCCAGACUGCCUCCAGGGUCCCUCAUGAGGAAUGGCCAUGGGUGCCCCUCACGUAGAAAUUGAGGGGUCCAGGAACAGAGCCUGGGUGCUAGAGGAGUCCCCUGGGGCCUCUGCAAGCACCUGGGGACUCUGACAUCAGUCACUUCUGAGCUCGUGCCUAGUUCCCAUUUCAGUCCACCAGCAGGAAGUGCCAGGAUCCCACAGCCCUUCCCUCGGGUACUUCCUCUUAUUUCACCGAAGACAGAUACUGCCUCUUUCCAAGGAGCAGGGAGUCUGGAACCUCCUCGGACAGGAGGCUCUAGGAGCAGAUGAUGCCCACCUCUGCCUCGCAGCCCCACCUGCCUCUGGUGCCCCUGCUGCUGCCUCUGCUGCUGGGACUCUCAGGAAUGACAGGUGAGGAGGAGCCACAGGUGAUUCAACCUGUGAAGUCGGUGUCCAUAGCAGAAGGACAAUCAGCCUCUCUGCGGUGCAUUGUGACCUCCCUGCUCCCCGUGGGAUCCAUUAAGUGGUUCAGGGGCACUGAACGGGACCGGCAGUUGAUCUACAGUUUCAAAGAAGGCCACUUCCCUCGGAUAAAAAGUAUGUCAGACGUCACAAAGACAAACAACACGGACUUUUCCAUCCGCAUCAGCAACCUCACCCUCGCAGACGCUGGCACCUACUACUGCUUGAUGCUCAGGACAAUAAGCGAUGGCAACGUGGAAGUUAAGUCUGGACCAGGCACCCUGAUACUUGUGCGUACUGAACCCUCCCCUCCAGAGAUCUCUGGCCCCUCCAGCAGGGCCAGCCCCGGCCAAGUCCUGAAUCUCACCUGCAUCUCAAAGGGCUUCUUUCCCAAACACAUCGACCUGCAAUGGUUCAAAGACGGCAGGGAGCUGCCGGCCUUCCACACCCUGGUCUUCCAGCCUGGAGAGGAGCCCUCCUACGCCAUUGUCAGCACCACUCUGGUGUCCCUGACCUUCUCCUCACUCUACUCCCACGUCACCUGCCAAGUGGCCCACAGUGAGUUGCAGAGCCCCCACAGAAGGCACGUGAACAUCUCGCAAUUCCUCCAAGUUGUCCCCACAGUGUACACCUCAGCACACUACAUCCCAGGACUCCAGGUGGCCCUUCUCACCUGCUGUGUGCAAAGGUUUUACCCUGAAGACAUGCGAAUCACCUGGCUGGAGAGGAACGGGUGCUUCAAGAUCUGCGCGGCCUCUGCCCCCACCGAGAACCCAGACGGCACAUUCAGCCAAGACAGGCACAUCCUGGUCAAUGCUUCAGAGUUGGAGAACCCAAGGCUGUUCACCUGCCAGGUGUGGCACAAUGACCAGGUGCUGGUCCAAAAGAGCAUGCACCUGAGUGAGUCUGGAGGCCUGCAACUGAACUUGGGUGCCACCGUAUACAGCUACAUUCUUCUCCUUGGCUGGAAGUUGUUUCCUCUGAUGGCACUUUGUGCCAUCUAUGCUCUCAGGAGGAGCCUCUCUUCCAGGCCCCAGAGAAGGUGAGAACCUGGACCAGGAAGGUCGGCAGUGAGAGGUGGCUUCUCAUACCCUCCUCAGGAAGGAAGUUUCUGUAGAGAUUCUGGCCUCAAAGUCUAUGACUCUGACCAAGAAACCAAGAUGGAAACACACACCUGCAGUUCUACUGGCCCUUCCUAGCCCUUUGGGGACCCAAGUGCUACCAUGAAACUCUGGCAGCCCCUUAGUAAACAGGAAACACCUUGGCAAAGCCACA